UAUUAGAUUUCCUUGUGGCGGAGAAAUCUGACGUGUAGGCAACAUGAAUCGGGCGAUCGCGGAACGCAGAUUAAUUUGAGCGCGUUAACACAUUUCUUUCGGACUAAUUGUAUAUGUAAUAGGAAAACAAAUUAGAUAGUGUUUUUCUCCCAUGCUACAGGAUAAAAAAAAAUAUCGAAAAUCGUUACUUUGUUUCUCUUUUGCGUUAUCGCCUGCGGUGUGUGUUACCUAAAAGUAGUCACGUCUUUAGAAAAGAUCGGGAGUGAAGUCGGGAGAAGCGAGGCCCGAUCUCUUAACCCGUGGAGUACUCUUGAGUCUCUGGAUGGAUGGAUGGGUAUGGGGACAGCAGGAUCUUACUACCCCGGGGCUGAGCGCCUCAUCUCUCCGGCACUGUAUCUACUAGUGCUGUGUACAAUCUCAUCUCUCACUCACACAGGUGAGAGCCAGGUGCAAACUCCACAGUGCCGGAUCCAGAAGUGCACCAGUGACUUCGUCUCACUCACUUCUCAUCUUAACCCUUCAUUGGAUGGCUUUGAUACCGAAUUCUGCAAGGCGUUGCGAGCCUACUCCGCCUGCACCCAGCGUACCUCCAAGAGCUGCAGGGGCAAUCUGGUCUUCCACUCUGCCAUGCUGGGCAUCAGUGAUCUCAUGAGCCAGAGGAACUGCUCUAAGGAUGGGCCCACAUCAUCUACCUAUCCCGUCAUCCCCAUUGAACCGUGUAACUACCACAGCCGCCACCACCACCAUGCAGCACGGCCUGGGAUGGGGACUGGGGUUCCAGAACACCCACGACCAACCUACCUGUUCUGUGGUCUGUUCGGAGACCCCCAUCUUAGGACUUUCAAGGACCAUUUUCAGACCUGUAAGGUUGAAGGGGCGUGGCCUCUCAUUGAUAACAAUUACCUGUCAGUACAGGUCACAAAUGUUCCAGUGGUGCUUGGAUCCAGCGCCACAGCAACUAAUAAGAUCACAAUCAUCUUCAAACCAUACCAAGAAUGCACGGACCAGAAGGUCUACCAGGCCGUUACAGAUGACCUACCUGCUGCCUUCGUGGAUGGCACCAUCAGCGGGGGCGAUAGCGAGACCCGUAGCAUCUGGAUCCUGGAGAAGUUACCUGACCGGCACAUAGAGAUCCACGCUGCAUACAUCGGGGUCACCAUCAUAGUACGUCAGCAGGGUCGUUACCUGACGCUAGCUGUGCGCAUGCCAGAGGAGCUCGCCAUGGCCUUUGACGAGACGCAGGACCUGCAGCUGUGCAUGAAUGGUUGCCCCACGUCAGAGCGCAUUGACCAAGAGGGACACCUUCAGCUGCCCGUGCUGGGCCUCCAGCAGGCCGGCUUUCAGCCGCAGGCCAGGGUCGAAGCCCAGAGAGUGGUUUUCACCCUUGAAAGUGCCUCCAGGAAGUGCAGGGAACAGCUGGAGGUUAAAGACAUCUAUUUCCAUUCAUGUGUGUUUGACCUGCUCACCACAGGAGAUGCAAACUUCACCACUGCCGCUUACAAUGCCCUCAAAGAUAUGGAGACUCUGCACCCCAAGAGGGAGCGCUGGCAUAUUUUUCCUAACUCAGCUGCUGGGCUGAGGCCAUUUCCAUUGCUCCUACAUGCACUGCUAAUGGGCUUUCUCAUCACUGUGCUUUUAUAAUGCGUGCAGUGUUUUGGUGACUGUGUUUAAAAAACUAAAUAAAAACUAAAAAAAAAAAACUUAUGGGGCUAAAGAUGAGACUGUACAAAAUUGUAAGGGAUACAAACCUUCAUUAGACUGUACAAACCUUGUUAGAAUACAAACCUUCAUUAGACUGUACAUUUUGUGUCAAUUAUGUUUUCAAGAGAGCUGAAGAUUGUACAUUUUUGUGAGUGGGUUUUGUCAUGUUUUUGUCCUCAGGAGAGGAAAUCUUAAUGGAAGCACUUUAUUUUUAUUAUUAUUAUGGUUUUUAUUUUUUUGCAACUAGAAAACAUGUGUUCCAUGGAACCAGUGCUCAAUGAUCUUUGUUAGUGAACUUUCUUGGUACACUCUGCGCUUUUUCUUGAUACAUUUCAGUAGAUCUCUGUACAAAUGGUACUUACCUCACAAAUUGACUCUGUAGAACUGUGUUGAGCGUUUUUUAUGAUGUGGCUGGCGUAGUGAUUGUGUGAUAAAUGUUUAAAGAAGGAUCCUGUUUAUUAGACAUUCACUUUAUCUAUUUGUGCAUUCUUAUUUUUAGUUCUAGUACUCUGUGCUGUUGAGUAACGAAUUCAGGCAAACACAAUAGAUGUAGGUUUAAAUGCACUUUUUGAAUUUUACUGUCAUUAACCUUUGGAAUUGUUCUAUUGGAACAGGCCAUUGCCAAGUCCAGCCCUACAUUUUAUAAAUGACAAUCAGAACUUCUUUUGUUUGGUACAAAAUCUACCUAAUGAAUCAUCAAUCCUUUUUAGAGACACCAAAAUAUUUAUGAUUUAUAUUAAAAGUUUCAUCCUUUUCCGAUUCAUUUCAUAAUAAGUGGCUCUAACCGAAUGAACUGGAAAAUGGAUAUUGCAUGAGUGCUAAAGUGGGCAAUGUUUCAUUUUCCUAGUGACUCCUACAUCCUUUAGAAUGUCUCCUUGCAAGAUUACAUUUAUUAGAUUUGUCCCUUUGAAAAACAAAUUGACUAUCUGUUAAAAGUGUUAAAUCGGAAGUAUGUAAUUUCUAUGAAACUAGCGGCAGUGGGUCUCUCAAAACAAACACAUACAUUUUUAUAGGGCCACAGAGAUACAGUAAUUACAGUUUUCAAGAAAAUUUAAUUAUGAAUGGCUUACUUAAGAGUUGUCUCUGCAUAUUAAGAUGAGAUUUUAACACUGAUAAAGUUACAUACUUCAGCUUUAAGUUCCCUUGCAUCCUUGUUUUAUCCUUGACCAAAGACGAGAUACAGCAUAGCUGGCUGAAACGCAACACAUAUCAGAUUGAUCUUUCGCCAGAUGUAGGCUUCCCCUAUAGAAUUUGUUUUGCCAAAAAAGAUUGUUUGAGUUACACUUAUUCUGAACACAUGACUAUCAAACACUGAAUGGUAUUGUCAUAGGUUUAGCAAACCAGUGCCAUAAUUCAGCUCACCUGACUGGUUUAGCCUAUUUGUGGUGCACAAAGCAGAAAUGAUAAAUGUUAAAGGAAUAUUCCAGAUUAAAUACAAGUAAAGCUCAAUGAACACCAUCUGUGGUAUGAUGUUGAUAACCACAAAAAAUAAUUUUGUCUUGCCCCUCCUUUUCUUUAUAAAAAGAAUAAAUAUGGGUUACACUGAGGCGCUUAGAGGGGCCAAUGUGUAAACUAUAAAUACUCACUAUUUCAAAAGUAUAGACAUCGACAUUGUGUGUAAAUAUGAUUUUAGUGGGAUAAAAUUGCUUAAUAACCCUUUCUGUGUAAAGUUAUAACCAAAUUAACAACUUUGUUGCCAUGACGAUGUAAUAUCAACAAACCCUAAAAUAUCUGUAAAAAAAUUACAAUUUAAACUUACAGCUCAAAUGAUACAUGAGUUUAGCAGAAGAAUGAAUGUAAGAGCUUUUAUAAAAUUAUAAGCUUCACAUUGCUGCCUUUAAAACCUCCAAAAAUUGUAAGUGCCUCACUUCAACCUCGAUUUUUGCAUUUUAAAGAAAGGGACGGACAAGUCUAAAUUAUUUUUUGUGAUAAUCAACAUUAUGCCACAAAUGCUGUUGAUUGAGCUUAACUUGUAUUGAACCCGGAAUAUUCCUUUAAAAUAAAUAAUUCUCUCAGUAUUUGUUAUUUGGCCCUUCAAAGAACAUCCUUUAUGUUAUUUUGUCAUCCAGAAGUGCAACUUGAGCCACAGUUCCUUUGCUAAAAUGAUGCUGAAUACACAUCACCUGUGAUGUCAUGUAGAGAAGUUCAGUGCAUAUGAAGUAACUGCAGAAACUCCUUAUGUCUCCAUUUGCUUUGAGCUUGGCAUUUGGUCUGAUGUACAUUAAAUGACCUUGACAUCAUUCAUUUGGUGAAAUAGAAUGCUAUUCUUUUUGGGCCAUUUCAGUAACUGCCUUACUGUCCGACUACUUGGAGAAAACUCAUGCCAACACUCCUAAUACGCAUUUUCGUUACCAAGACUUGCUACUGUAGAGCCAUCAUUGUUUAUUUGUUUAUUUGCAACUACUGCCAGUGCUGAAGAGCUGCUACAAUACUGUGACAAGUGUAAUAGAUUGUAUUUGGAACACUGGGAGUUUCACAGGCAGUGAUUGGCCGGAUCCUUAACAGGAUUAUUUGAUUGGCCGAAUGGCCUGAAUCCAUGUGGGAUUUUUAUUGUAGAUUCCAGAACAAGGCAUCAGAGUGCAAUUAACUGCAAAGGAAAGCCUUCAUCCUGUGUUUUUGCUUUUCACAUUUGAUCUUGUGAUCUCUUAAUUUUGUUGUGAACAUUGUUUUUUGUGAAGAGUGACUGCUCAAUGUUUAUACUUAAAUUAUUUAUGAAAUAUAGUGUCUUGUUAGAGAAGUUAAGCUCCAUACUCAUGCUGUUGAAAAAAGUUUGAGAUGUGAUAUUAUUGCCACCUAGUGGGUCACCAUCGUUAUAUCAGUGUUUUAGUAUUGUAUGAAUGCUGUUUAAAAAAAAAAAAACAAUGGAGAAAAAAAAUGAAAACAUUUGUUAUUUAAAACAAUAAAUCAAAAA